CCUAUUCUCCCGCACAUGCGCUCACCCAGCCCCCAAGAACUCCGACAGGGCCAGGGCCGCAGUCCCGCCCCCGGGCGUCACGCUGGCUCCGCCCAAUGCGGAAGUGAGAGUGGCCCGCCAGGCCCUGAGGCUCCGCGCAGAGCUGAGUCCGACAUGCGGGCGGUGGGUGGAGGCGGGUUCUUCCCCCGUGGCCGGACCCGCAGCGCCGACACCGUGCGGCUCCGCAAGAGAAAAUCUGCGCUGUACAGCGCUGCCCCGGGGGCCGGCGGGGAGCGGGGCCCAGAUCUUAUUGGCGAGAACAUUUAUCUGGUCUUGUUUACCAUAACUCUGCGAGUACUUAACUGCUUUUUAGUCCAGACAAGCUUUGUUCCAGAUGAAUAUUGGCAGUCGCUUGAAGUCGCACAUCAUAUGGUAUUCAAUUAUGGCUACUUGACCUGGGAAUGGGCAGAAGGUUUAAGGGGUUAUUCAUACCCACUACUCUUUGCAACUAUCUACAGAGUUUUACAGCUGCUGGCAAAGGAUGACGUUCAGCUGCUGAUUUGGAUCCCUAGACUUGUGCAAGCACUUCUGUCAGCUCUAGCAGACGUAAAACUUUACUCAUUAGUGAGACACCUAGAAAAUGCAGAAACAGCAAAGUGGGUGUACCUUUGCCAGUUGUGCUCUUGGUUUACAUGGUAUUGCUGUACCAGAACACUAACAAACACCAUGGAAACUGUUCUUACCAUCUUUGCUCUUUUCUACUAUCCCAUGGAAGGCUCAAAGACAAAGAGCAGUUGCAAAUAUUUAACUUUGGUAACACUUGCAUUUAUUAUUCGUCCAACUGCUGUAAUUCCAUGGAUACCUUUGGUGCUCAGGCAUUUCUGGCAAGAACAGAAGAAGGCAGACCUUGUUCUAUACAGCUAUAUUCCAAUAGGAUUGGUCACUCUAGGGAUUUCUUUAAUAAUCGAUCGUAUAUUUUUUGGUGAGUGGAUACUGGUUCAGCUGAAAUUCUUGAAGUUUAAUGUGCUACGGAAUUUGGGGACAUUUUAUGGUUCUCAUCCUUGGCAUUGGUACUUGACCCAGGGAUUGCCGGUUAUUUUGGGCACCCAUCUACCCUUCUUUAUUCACGGCUGCAUCCAGGCACCAAAGAGGUAUCGGAUCUUUCUAGUGGUAGUGGUUUGGACAGUGUUGGUAUACAGCACGUUGAGCCACAAAGAAUUCAGGUUUAUAUAUCCCGUACUGCCAUUUUGCAUGGUGUUUUGUGGAUAUUCUCUUAAACAAUUGAAGACAUGGAAGAAAUCUGCAAUAACCUUCCUGCUUUUAUCAAAUUUACUCCCAGCCCUGUACACCGGUUUGAUUCACCAGCGUGGCUCUCUUGAUGUCAUGAUGCAUAUGCAGCAGCUCUGUAACAAUUCUUCUAACCAAUCAUGGGCUUCUGUCUUUGUAAUGAUGCCAUGCCACUCUACUCCUUUUUACAGCCAUGUUCACUGUCCUCUACCAAUGAGAUUUCUACAAUGUCCUCCAGACCUAACUGGAAACGAGAGUUACAUUGACGAAGCAGAUAUAUUUUAUUCUAAUCCACUCAAGUGGCUUAAUGAGGAGUUUUACAAUGGUACAUUACCUACUCAUUUGGUCUUCUUCAGUGUGCUAGAACAGGAAAUAUCAUCAUUUCUUGCUCUAAAUGGUUAUGAGAAAACUGCUACUGUCUUUCACACCCACAUGCCUCAAGGACGAAUUGGAAGCCACAUCUAUGUCUACACAAGAAGGGUGAAAUGAAGCAUGCUUUAAGAUCAGUUUCUGAACUGGGACCAACCCAAGUCAGUAUUGUACAGUGGUGUCUUGGUUAAACAGCCUUCUAGUACAGAACAGAGGGCAGUGAUACUUGAAAAUAGGUAAGCAAAAUUGACAGGUGGGGCUCAUUUAUAGCCAGUAGAUAAGGAUUAUGCUGGAUGUAACCGUUUAGGGAUGCUUCUUCACUUGUGGAAAAGUUGAACUUAAGUGGCAAUAUUCUCAUCUUAUCUCUGGGUGUUAAGAGAGGAGG